AUGUUGAAUCUGGGAAUUCUCCUCUGUAAAGAAAAGGCGGCAGUGAUCCCAGGCCCAAUCAACCAGAAUGAUGGCUUCAGAUCUUAUAGGUACUGUACCCACUUGCUUAGCUGUUGUGGUAAAGAUCUGCUUUGCACCCAUCCAUUCCACCUGGCGUUCCUCUCUCCUUCAUCAUCACCCUUACGCACAAACUACGAUCUAGCCGGUGACUGGCCAUCCUUGCAACCCAUGGCUCUUCAUCCAUAUGAAUCCUUAAGUUAUAAACCAAUUGUUGAUCGCAGCUUGGAUUAUUUACUUGCCAGUCCGCCAUGGGUCUCGGCUAGAUCGUGGAGUAUUAUGAGCUUGAAAAGCUAG